AUGGCGUCAUCGAGAGAUAAUUUGAAGGUUUACCUACGAGUUUCUGAAAAGAAAUCUAUAUCUGAAAACCCUAAAUCAUCAAAGAAGCCAAAAACAUCAACAGUUGAAGAAAACAACGAUCAACAAGGAAAUAUUAGCCGAAAAUCAACAAUGAAACAACAAACUAGUAGAAAACGCAAAGAGAUUUCUGAUAAUGAUAAAAAACAAGAGGAAAAACAAAAAAGGAGAAGAAAGAAAGUGGUGAUAGAAUCUUCAGAAGAUACAGAUUCUGUUUCAAAAGAUGAAAAUACUAGUCGAGCUAUAGUUCUGCAUACUUCUGAACAACAAGUAAAUUUAGGCGUACAAGAAGACAAUGGCCAGGAAAUGAUGUCAGAAUGGUAUAUAGAAUUGAUAAAUGUUCAAGGAACAAAUUACAAAAAGAAGAAACAAGAUGAACCAGUCAGAGGAAGAACCUCGCUUUAUAUAACCCACAAGAAGAGGAGGAAAAAGGAAGGGAUCAAUCACAGCAGAUCAAUCACAGCUGGCAAAGAACGAGCAGACAAGGCUGAUGAGCACCAAAUCUGGAAAACGCGUACAGAGAGCGAAAUCAUCGACCUAGGGCAGCGCCCUUCUUCACUAGCCAGGAAAAAGGAACAGGACUAA